UCUCUAUGCAGUGAUGGUCGUCGUCGUGUCGUGAGCGAGCAGAUAAAUCGAGCCGUGUACCACUGGAAGAUGUCAAGAAAAUGCUGAAAUAUGGCACCUUCCUUCAGUAAACUCAUCUUUAGUCGUACUUCAGCAGGUUCAGUUGUAGCAGCAUUCUUGAUUUAUACCGCCUUGAAGUCUAGAAACAAACGGAUACUAAGAAACAAGAGUGCUGCAAAUUUACAAGCUGUCAUACACAAUAAUGAGAAGAAUAAAUCAAAGAAAGACAGAGCUGCUGUGGAUGCACAGUUCUUCAGACGGUUAUUCCGUAUUCUGCGUUUAAUAGUACCUGGAUUGUGGAGUAAAGAGGCAGGGUACCUCGGAUUAGUAGCGUUAUCUCUGAUAGCUCGAACAUACUGUGAUGUAUGGAUGAUUCAAAAUGGAACAGCUAUUGAAAGCUCCAUCAUCGGUCGGGAUGUUAAUUUGUUCAAGAAGCAUUUAUUCAGCUUUAUGACAGCGAUGCCUGUGAUAUCUCUGGUCAACAACUUGCUGAAGUAUGGUCUGAAUGAACUGAAAUUGAGAUUUAGAACACAGCUAACCCGUCAUCUCUACUCUAAAUAUCUCAGGGGCUUCACCUAUUACAAGAUGAGUAACUUAGACAACAGGAUAGCCAAUGCUGAUCAGCUUCUUACACAAGAUGUAGAGAAGUUCUGUAACAGUGUGGCAGAUCUUUACUCAAACCUUAGCAAGCCCAUUUUAGAUAUUGUAAUCUACGUGAGGGAGCUGACCAACACAAUCGGUGCACAGGGUCCUGGGUUCAUGCUGCUCUAUCUUGCCGUCUCGGGUCUCGUUCUUACAAGAUUAAGGAGACCUGUAGGUAAGAUGACCGUACAAGAACAGCAGUACGAGGGUGAGUUCAGGUUUGUCAAUUCACGACUGAUCACAAACAGCGAGGAGAUAGCCUUCUACCAGGGCAACAAACCUGAGGAGAGAACCAUCAACAAAACAUUCAAGAAACUGGUUGAUCAUCUUCAUACCUUUAUCUUCUUCCGAUUCUCAAUGGGCUUCGUGGAUAACAUCAUUGCAAAAUAUCUUGCCACUGUAGUCGGUUACAUGGUAGUGAGUCGUCCGUUCCUCAACCUAGCUCAUAAACCCUUCCUUACAAUGUCACACUCGGAGAUGAUGGAGCACUACUAUAGGGCUGGGAGGAUGCUGGUUCGGUUAGCCGAGGCGAUCGGUCGCGUGGUCCUUUCGGGGCGAGAAAUGACGCGCCUUGCAGGGUUCACUCAGAGAGUAACUGAACUGAUGACGGUCUUAGAAGAUCUCAACCAUGGACGCUAUGAGAGAACAAUGGUCAGGGAAGAAAAGGAUUCUGACAGUGAAGAUGACAGAGAACCCCUGGUACCUGGUAGUGGUAAACUCAUCCAUGCUGAUAACCUUAUCAAAUUUGAGCAGGUACCCCUAGUGACCCCUAAUGCAGAUGUACUGGUCAGAGAGAUGACCUUUGAGGUGCCCUCAGGGGUCAAUGUCCUCGUCUGCGGACCGAACGGAUGUGGAAAGAGCUCCCUCUUCAGGACACUCGGAGAGCUUUGGCCGUUAUUUGGAGGUAAACUGACCAAACCAGAGGGAAGAAAACUUUUUUAUGUACCACAAAGGCCUUACAUGACGAUUGGAACAUUACGUGAUCAGAUCAUCUACCCGGAUACCAAGGAAGAAAUGGUGAAGAAGGGAAUUACGGACAAAGAUAUUGAAGAGAUGAUAGUGAAGGUUCAACUCGCUAAUCUCCUGGAGCGUGAAGGAUCAUGGGACGCCGUUCAAGAUUGGAUGGAUGUACUGAGUGGAGGAGAGAAGCAGAGAGUUGCUAUGGCUAGGUUGUUCUACCAUAAGCCCCAGUUUGCUAUCCUUGAUGAAUGUACGAGUGCCGUGUCCGUGGAUGUAGAGGGGUAUAUCUACACACACGCAAGGGAGGUCGGCAUCACACUCUUCACUGUAUCACACAGGAGGUCUCUAUGGAAAUAUCAUGAGUACUAUCUGAUGUUCGAUGGACGUGGUUCGUACGAAUUCAAGAAAAUAGAUCAGGACACGGUUGAAUUUGGCUCAUGAGCAAAGCACAUAUAAGAUAUCAUCUAUAUAGUAAUGUUAUAAUUUUACUAUAAUUUUUAUACAUUAUUUUUAUAUUAUUGACAUCAAAUGAUUUCAAUUUUUAAAUUUAAGAGGUAAUGAUAUCAACUCUUUGCUCACUGACUUGAUUUUGAUGGGAAAAUCAUUGAAAUCAUUAUGUGGAAAUUUCUUUGAAAACUGAUUUAGCGCAAGAGCAGUAUUAUUUGUUGCCAUUUGAAAUCAUUUUGUGGAAAUUUCUUUUUGAACUGAUUUCGCGCAAGAGCA